GAAUCUGGAGCAGUCCGCGAUCUCAGCCUGACUUGCGGGUCGCCAUAGCUGGUGCUUCAGCAGCUGAGUUGUACGGUUAACGUAGCUUACUGGGAGAGAUGGCCAAAGUGGAGCUUGCACCAUUUAGACCCUGGGAUGAUUUCUUUCCCGGUCCUGAUCGAUUCGCCAAACCUGACUUCGCCGAUUUAGCCAAGUGGAACAACAGGGUGAUCAACAACCUUUUAUACUACCAGACAAAUUAUUUCCUGGUGGCCAUUGUGUUUUUCCUGAUUGUGGGGUUUUUGAACCCCAUCGGCAUGGUGCUGGGUGGCGCAGUGGUGUCCCUGGUGUUCGUGGGCUCAGUGUGGGCAGCGGAAAACAAGUCUGUCGUGAAGAACUUCAAGAAGAAUAAUCCCAUGCUGUUUGUCAUCGCCGUGCUGGGGGCCAGCUACAUGCUCCUGUCCCUGUGCGAGGGAGUCAUGGUCUUCGUCUUCGGCAUCUCUUUCCCACUGCUAAUAAUCCUAGCCCAUGCUUCGCUGCGCCUGAGGAACAUGAAGAACAAGCUGGAGAACAGAAUAGAGGGAGUGGGCCUGAAGAAGACCCCCAUGGGAAUCAUCCUGGAUGCUCUGGACCAGCAAGAAGAGAGGAUCAACAAGAUCCAGGACUACCUGGAGACAAAGCUAAACCGGUGAUGUGGACGCUGAGGCCAAUGGGUUGUAUCAGGAAGUCGACCCUCAGUCACUGCAUCUCUGCUGCGUUUUACAAAAAGCUAACCUAGCGGACCGUUUCGGAAUUAAAUGUAAACCCCGCAAAACCAAAAUAUAUUAACGUUCUAUGUAUUUGCAUAAAAAGUCAUGGUUAUGCAGAUGUGGUCAAGAAGGUUACAUAUUGCAGUGGAAGGAAUUUAAUUGAAUUUAAAAUGGGCAGAAGUCGGUGUCCUUCAGUUUUAAACCUGACGGAAGUUUGUUUCGCACAUAUUCUGAAGGCCUGGUGCUGCAUUCCUCUUAGAAGUUGGGUAUAUGUUUGCUUUAUUAAGCUUUUGGGUGGCACUGGAAUUUUGUGGUUGUUUAUUUCUUUUCUUUAUAUCAGUUUUUCCCAGUGUAACAUGCUGACAUAUUCUAUGACUUGGGAUGGGCUUGGAAUAGUUGGCACAGACACGAUGCUUUGUGGCUCAGUAUACUUGGCUGGUAAUUUGCCAUGGCUAUUUACUGCACCCCCAGCACUGUCAUGUCUGAUCGAAUUAGACCCACAUUGUCCGUUAACCAAAUCUGGGCACAAAUUGAGGUUUAGAUUUUUUGUUUUGACCUUCAGCACCUUUUCUUAUGUUAAUGAUGAGUUUUUAAUGUAUUUGUUAGAAAUUAGCAAUAAGUUCCUCCAUUGUCUUCACAUCCAAAGGAAAAGCUGCAACUAGCCUAUGGCUAUGUAAUUUUUGAGAAUUAAUGAACAACUGCCUGAGCAGUUUAUACAUGGAGCGUUUGUGGCAAUCUGGUUGUUUUGGUUGUUUUGCUUGUUGUAUCAGACUUUGUAUUGCAGUCUUGUCUUUUCUUUGAGCACACAAAGCCAUGUAAAGUAUGCAAAGAAUUAUAUGCAUCUGUAUUUUUUUUGUGGGGAAGAGGGCUAACUGCUCAAACGCUGGUAAGGUUAUGUAACUCAGUCCCUUUGUAGAGCACUGACCUGUGAUGAUGCAGUCCCUUGCACUUUUAAAGGCUUUCAUGGAUAGCAAUGCAUAGCAUGUUGCCUGAGUUUAGCACCACAAUUGCAUGCUGAGGAAUCUACUUGCAGUCUUUUUUUUUAAAUUAGGUUUAUAUGUACUUCAAAUAAAUAAAAAACAGUAGAAUUUAAUAGUAAACCUGGAAGGAGGGGAAGUUGAAACUGA